UGUGACAUCAGCCCCUGCCCGGGGGCACCGGGAGGGCCGUGGGGGCUGCGCUGGAGGUGACCCCCCGCUCCUGGCACUGCCACCCAUGGCUUGGUUGUGGCUCCUGGUCCUGCUGGCCCUGGCCGGGCCCGUGGGUGGCACCUGGGACACCUGCGGAGGGACCUGCGGGCUCCGGCCCAUGGCUUCCGACCACAACUCCCUGCUGCCCGACUACGACGCAGAUGACAACUACGGAGCCGUGGAUUCUUCCGGCGGCACCGUGCGUGGCAACGAUGUCGCACCCGGGACCUGGCCUGGCAUCGUCAGCAUCCAGGCCAGCUGGGCAAAUGGCACGUGGCACAUGUGUGCAGGGGCCCUCAUCCACCCCAAGUGGGUCCUCACGGUCGCCCACUGCUUCUUCGGGGCCGGGGAUGUCUCCAAAUGGGAGGUGGUGCUUGGGGCCACUGAUCUGACAGAGCUGGGCCCCGAGGCCGAGUUGCACCGCAUCCAGAGGCUCCUGGUGCACCAGCACUACGCACCUGCCUUGGCAAGGAACAACGUUGCCCUGCUGGAGCUGGACGAGCCUGUGGAGUGCAGCGACUACAUCCAGCUGGGCUGUGUGCCCAACACUCCCCUGAGCGUGUCACAGAUGAAAACCUGCUACAUCGCAGGCUGGAAAACCACCUUGGAUAGUGCUCUCAGACCACGCCUGGUGCUGCAGGAGGCCAAGGUGCGGCUCAUCGAUGUGCAGCUCUGCAACAGCAGCCGCUGGUACGCGGGGGCCGUGCACCCCCACGACCUGUGCGCUGGGUACCCGCGGGGCGGCAUCGACACCUGCCAGGUGGGAGCGUGGCACCAGUCCCUCAGCCCCCUCAGCACAGGGA